CAGGUGUCCACCAGCUGCUGGCAGUCUGAAGGCCAUGAAGUCCAGGAUGGGCUCCUCGCAGGCACCCUGGACAGGGUGUGUGGGAGGGCAAGGGGUGAUGGCCCUGCUGCUGGUUGGCCUCCUCCUGCCAGGGACCUUGGCUAAGAGCAUCGGGACCUUCUCAGACCCCUGUAAGGACCCCAUGCGUAUCACCUCCCCCAAUGACCCCUGUCUUGUUGGGAAGGGUGGCUCCAGCAACUUUGUUUCCAGUUCUGGUGGCUCCAGUGGCUCCAGUGGCUCCAGUGGCUCCAGUGGUGGUUUCAGUGGUAGCUCCAGCGGCUCCAGCAGUGGCUCCAGUGGUGGCUCCAGUGGUUCCAGUGUCUCCAGUGGCUCAAGUGGCUUCAGCAGUGACUCCAGCAGUGGCUCCAGUGGAUCCAGUGUUGCCCAGAGUGGUCCUUCAGGAUCUGCGUUAUUUAAGCCAGGGACAGGGUAUUCCCAGGGCAGCUAUGCCUCUGGAUCUGGCUCUAGUCUACACAGUGCCUCCAGCUCCUUCCAGUCAGGCAGCAGCUUCCAGUCGGGGACUGGACCAGCUCUACCAACCAAUGGUGGUACUUCUCACUUCGUGAUAAACUCUUCCCAGUCUAGAGGAGGCUCAGGCUCCUCUGUUUCUCAAACUUCCUGGAUAUCCAACAGUGGUGGCCAAAGGGUCAACUCUAAUUUACGCCCAUGUAGUUCAGAUGUCCCCGACUCUCCCUGCAGUGGGGGGCCUAUCGUCUCACACACCAACUCCUACAUCUCCAGCUCUCACUCUGUGUCAGGGGGUCAAAGGCCGGUGGUGGUGGUGGUGGAGCAGCAUGGCUCUGGUGGCCCUGGAGUGGUUCAGGGUGUCCCCUGUAGCAAUGGUGGCCUUUCAGGCAAGCCCUGUCCCCCCAUCACCUCUGUAGGUGAUUCCUAUGGCAGCUAUGAAGUGGUGGGUGGCUCCUCUAAUAGUUAUCUGGCCCCAGGCAUGACUUACAGUGGGGGCAAAAUCUACCCGGUGGGAUACUUCACCAAAGAUAACCCUGUCAGAGGCUCCCCAGGAGUGCCCUCCUUUGCAGCUGGGUCCCCCAUCUCUGAGGGCAAAUACUUCUCUAGCAACCCCAUCAUCCCCAGUCAUAGCUCCUCCAGUGCCAACAUUGCUUCCUCAGCCAUCGUGUUCCAGCCAGUGGGCUCGGGUGGGGUCCAGCCCUGUGCAGUUGGUUCCUCAGGCUCAAGGGGGCCCUGUUCCCUCUCCAGUUCUGUAGUCCACAGCAGCCCCAGCGUCUCUGGCAGUUCUGGGUCACGUUCCCAUCCCUGUGGCAGUGUUUCCCAGGGAUCCUGUUCCCCACCUGGCACAGGCUCGCUCAGCCACAGCUCCACCUCCCAAUCCAGCAGCAAAAUCAUUCUUCAGCCCUGUGGCAGCAAGUCCAGCUCUGCUGGUCACCCUUGCAUUUCUGUCUCCUCCUCGGCAUUGAGUGGGGGUCAAAAUAGCUCUCCCCAAUCUGAUCCCUCAGUUGUUACCCAGCCCUGCGGCAGCUCUGGGAAGAUGCCUUGCCGUUCCAUCCGGGACAUCCUGGCCCGGGUGAAUCCCCUGGGACCCCAGCUAGCUGACCCUAAAGUCUUCCUGCCCCAAGGACAGUUACCUGGCAGUUCGUAAGUCACUUUUGCAGCAUGCAUGUGUGGCACACACACACGCACAUACCCAGGGAGAUGCUCCCCAGAGAGCUGCUCUGCUUCCUCUACUGCCCAGUGUGGCACAUUCCCCCUUAUCUCAUCUUCUUUCUUCACCUCCCCAGACUGUGGGUGCCAAAUCCCUUCCCUUGUCCUCUCCAACUGUGUAGAAUCACAGCUUCCUUCAACACCCUCCCUGUCCCAUAUCCACUCCCUAAAAUUUUCUGACAUUUUUUUGACAUGUGACAGUUCAUUGGCUAAUCCUGCCCAUUCAGAUUGUUGACUGGGAAACCCUGAAAUGUCCCAGAGUAAAUCCAAUGCCCGAGCAAGUCAUCUUCUCUCCCUUUGAUGGAUAAAGCACCAUCCAAACCAUCUGAAAAUAAUUACUGCUUUUCACUGCCCUCUCUUUGCCAUCUGGUCAACCAAUGAGAUCUGCUCUGGGUUCUCACCCCCACCCCCAUUCCACUCCUGACCUCCAUUUUCAAGCUCCCCACACCCUCUGUGAAUUCCAACACUCCCCCUUGCCUCUCAAGGUCUCCAUCCCUGGGAGUCUCAAUCCCUGUCCUGGCUACCACUUCCCUCAUUUUCAGAUGUUGUUUGGUGUCAGGGAGGUGCUAAGGGUCUAUGAGGAGACUCAAGCAGAUGCCUUGCUCUCUAGGUCCUGGACAGAUGUCUCAAUAAACUGUGUGAA